GCAGUUGCAUCCUCCGGCUCCAACCCCCACGGCUGGGACAUGCCAGGGAUUUUCUGACCUGUGCUGGAUUCGGGACACGCUCCAAGGACAUGGGACUCCAGGUUUAUCUUCUGCUUCUCCUCCCAUGGCUGGCAGGGGCCAUCCUGGACAUCACCCUGAUCGCCAAUGUGCAGAGCCUGUCCCGCUCCGACUUCUUCCUCUCCUGCAUCAUGGGGGAGCGUGACGUGAGCUACCUGCAGAUCGAGCGCGAGAACAAGAUUGUGAUGACGCACCCCAAGACAGGCUUCCAAAACUACCGCAACCGCAGCAACCACGUCCAGGCCAGGGGCUUCUCCAUGGCCGACCUGGUGGGGAUCCUCUACUGCCUGGGGCGCACUCCAACCGAGCAAGCCCAGGUGGUCUACGUGCACAACAGCCACAACGCCCACCUCUUCCCGGUGAAGGCCACACAGACCGUGAACAUUGCUGAGCCGGCCACCUUCUCUGCCAGGGUCAUCAAGAGGAAGGAGACAGACGUGAUGUGGAAAAGAAAUGGCACCUACUACCAGACCAUGGAUCGGGGCGAGGUGAGAGGCGACCUUGUCACCCUAAUGCUCCCCAAUGUCAGCAUGAGCGAAAAUGGGGUCUACAGCGCCACGUUCAUGGGGGAUAGCCCUCUGUGGAGUGCCUUCUACCGCCUGAUCGUGAGAGCCUGCCCCAUGAAGAAAUGGGGACCAUCCUGUGAGAAGGACUGUCCUGACUGUCUGAACGGCGGCAUCUGCCACGACCACGUUGGCGAAUGUGUCUGCCCUCCCGGCUUCAUGGGCACCCGCUGCGAGCGAGCCUGCCGGGAAGGGCACUCCUGCCGGCCCGCCCCCUACGGCUGCUCCUGCCCCUCCGGAUGGAGCGGCCCCCGCUGCAGCCAAGCCUGUCCCCCGGGAUACUAUGGACCAGACUGUGCCCUGGGGUGUGCCUGCCAAAAUGGAGAGAUCUGCCCUGCGGGCUGGCAUGGGCAGCGCUGCGAGAAGUCAGACCGGUUCCCCCAGAUCAUCCAACUGGCCUCAGAGCUGGAGUUCAACCUGGGCUCGGAGCCCGUUGUCAGCUGUGUGGCCACCGGUAACCGCUGCCCCCUCCCUGCCAGUGACAGCGUGGAGCUGCGCAAGGCUGACGGCACCGUGCUCAAGCUCAUCAAAGCCAUCAUCGAGCCAGGGCAGAUCACCUGCGAGUUUCAGGUGCAGCACCUGACGAAGGCAGACAUAGGGCUCUGGGAGUGCCGAGUCUCCACGACUGGGGGCCAGGACAGCCGGAAAGUCAAGGUCAACAUUCGAGUGCCACCAGUGCCCCUGAGCCCACCACGGCUGCUGGCCAAGCAAAGCCGCCAGCUCGUGGUAUCGCCCGUGGACUGCUUCUCAGGCGACGGACCCAUUGCAUCCAUCAAGCUGCUCUACAAGCCCAAGGACGACACCUCAGCAUGGUCAUCCAUUGUGGUUGACAACAGCGAGAACAUCACCGUCAUGAACCUCCGUCCAGUGACCGCCUACGUCAUCAAGGUGCAGCUAAGCCGGCCAGGGAAUGGUGGGGAGGGCAGCAAGGGGCCCGAGGCCAUCAUGGUGACCGAGUGCCUUGAGCCUACAGUCAAGCCUGUGAUCGAAGGUUGGUCCAUAGAGGAGAAAAACACCCUUCAUGUCAACUGGAAGUUGCCAAGUAACCACGAGCCAGCACAUGGGUUCAUCGUCCAUCUCUUUGACUCUGCGAGGCGGCUAGUCUGUGAGAAAAACAUCACGUCCAUCUCUGUGCUCUCCGCCCGCAUUGGGGACCUGGAGUUCAACAAGGAGUAUGGGCUGGAGGUGCUGGUCUACCACUGCACCAGCCUGGGACCUCCCUCUGACCUCUACAAAGUCAUGAUCAACAGCAAAGGGCCCUCCUCCCCACGGUCGCUCUUGGCAGAGUCUGUGUCCGACACCGCUGUCAGGCUCUCCUGGCAGGUCCCGGAGUACCCCAACGGGGGCAUCACCAAGUACAUCGUGGAGCUGCAGCAGGUGGGGGGCACUAGUGAGCCCCAGUGGAUCGACACCGACAGCGGCACUGAGACCACCAAGAUCAUUGGGGGUCUCAAUGCCAGCACCAGCUACCAGUUUCGUGUUCGGGCCAACUCCCAUGUCCCAGGGGAGUGGAGCCAACCUGUGAAAGCCAAGACCUUGGGGGACGGAGCGCUGAGUGUGCCGCCCAGCCUGGGCAGCCAGAGCAUCGAGCAGGGGGGGAUAGACCAGCAGCUGCUCUUGGCCAUCAUUGGCUCUGUGUCCGUCACCUGCCUCCCCAUCCUCUUUUCCCUCCUGGCAGUGCCUCUAACCUCACCCACUCCCGUCCACCAGGGGGAAGAAACUAUCCUGCAGUUCAACUCAGGGACCCUGACCCUGACGCGCCGGCCCAAGCCGCAGCCCGAGCCCCUCAGCUACCCCAUCCUGGAGUGGGAAGACAUCAAGUUUGAGGACAUGAUUGGGGAGGGCAACUUCGGGCAGGUCAUCAGGGCCAUGAUCAAAAAGGACGGCCUGAAAAUGAACGCAGCCAUCAAGAUGCUGAAAGAGUUUGCUUCGGAGAACGACCAUCGAGACUUUGCUGGGGAGCUGGAGGUGCUGUGUAAACUGGGCCAUCAUCCCAACAUCAUCAACUUGCUGGGUGCCUGUGAGAACAAGGGCUACCUGUACAUAGCCAUUGAGUAUGCUCCCUACGGAAACCUCCUCGACUUCCUCCGCAAAAGCCGAGUCCUGGAGACGGACCCGGCCUUUGCCAAGGAGCACGGCACUGCCUCCACCCUCACCUCCCAGCAGCUCCUCCAGUUUGCUUCAGACGUGGCCAAGGGGAUGCAGUACCUGAGCGAGAAGCAGUUCAUUCACAGGGACCUGGCAGCCAGGAACAUCCUCGUAGGAGAAAACCUGGCCUCCAAGAUUGCCGACUUCGGCCUCUCCAGAGGGGAGGAGGUCUAUGUGAAGAAGACAAUGGGCCGCUUGCCGGUUCGCUGGAUGGCCAUUGAGUCCCUGAACUACAGCGUGUACACCACCAAGAGCGAUGUGUGGUCAUUUGGUGUCCUGCUCUGGGAGAUCGUCAGCUUGGGGGGGACGCCAUACUGCGGGAUGACGUGCGCCGAGCUCUACGAGAAGCUGCCCCAGGGCUACCGCAUGGAGAAGCCGCGUAACUGCGAUGACGAGGUGUACGAGAUGAUGCGGCAGUGCUGGCGUGACCGCCCCUACGAGCGCCCACCCUUCGCCCAGAUCUCCAUGCAGCUCAUCCGCAUGCUGGAGGCCAGGAAGGCCUACGUGAACAUGGCCCUGUUCGAGAACUUCACCUAUGCGGGGAUCGAUGCCACCGCCGAGGAGGCAUGA